UUUCUCCUCAGGAAUGUCACUGGUAGUCACCACAGUGUGUCUUUAUUUUAUCCCUUUCUGCAAGACAGCAGUGUUACUGAUUGUCAUGAUGUCGGUCAUGGGUGUUUCAUUUAGCAUUCUGGAUACAGGUGGUAACGUCCUCAUCUUGGCUAUUUGGGGGGAUGAAGGAGCCCCACACAUGCAGGCCUUACACUUCAGUUUUGCCUUGGGUGCCUUUCUGGCUCCAAUUCUGGCUAAAUUGGCACUGGGUACCUCAGUGUCUGCUGAAAACCACACAGAGCCUGCCUUUCAGUCUCCAGCCACCAACGGAUCAUCUGAAGCUGACUCAGCCCCUCUGUUUGGAUUGCCUGAUGACAUGAAUCUACUCUGGGCUUAUGCUUCUACCAGCACUUAUAUUUUCAUAGUGUCUCUCUUUCUGUUUGCUUUGUUUUUCAAGAAAAGCUCAAGGCAGGAAAAAUCAAAACCAUCUGCUCAGGGAUAUCGAAGAGCUGAAUAUCACAAGACCCUUCUCUGCCUCCUUUUCUUGUUCUUUUUUUUUUACGUUGGAGGAGAGGUAACAUAUGGCUCUUAUGUUUUCUCCUUUGCCACCACCCAUGCUGGCAUGGAAGAACAUGAAGCAGCUGGGUUGAACUCCAUCUUCUGGGGGACCUUUGCAGCCUGCAGAGGCCUGGCGAUCUUCUUUGCUGCAUGUCUACAGCCGGGCACCAUGAUUGUGUUGAGCAACAUUGGCAGCCUGGCUUCAUCUUUAUUUCUGGUGCUUUUCAACAAGAGUCCACUCUGUCUCUGGAUUGCCACUUCGGUGUAUGGGGCCUCAAUGGCAGCGACGUUUCCCAGUGGUGUUUCCUGGAUUGAGCAAUACACGACCAUAAGUGGGAAAUCUGCUGCAUUUAUUCUAACCGGUGGUGCCCUGGGACAAAUGGCUAUUCCUGCAGUAGUAGGUGUGGUUCAAGGACAAUACCUGGAUUUGCCAGUAGUUCUGUACUCCUGUUUGGGGGCAGCACUAUUCACUGCUCUUAUAUUUCCUGUGAUGUAUAAAGUAGCCACCUUGCCUCUGGAUCGCCAGCGAAAAGAAGACAUCAAGAAUAAGAAACAGAAAGCUUUGCCCUAUAGUCCUGGGAUAUGAAGAAGAGAAUGAAGGGAAGAAGAGCAAAAAUGGAAUAAAAUAGAUUUUGAAGUGGUUGAAAUGAAUGAUACAACAAGGCAUAUUAUCAUAGAGACAUCUGGAAAUAUUCUGUUAUCUCCAACCAGUUCCUCUCAAGUGCACUAAUUUUUUUCUCUGUUCAUCUACUUUAUUGCAGUUAGCUCUCAAUUUAAAAGUUCACCAAUACACCAGUUGAACAAAAGUAAAGAUUAUAAAUUAUUCUUCUUUCAGGAAAAUAAAACAUACUGUGAUUUUCCAAAGCCAAAUGUCAGUCUAAGAUUUAGAACAAAGGAUAAUUGUGAAACUUGUAAAGGAAAAAACAAUCACUCAUGAUGACCACAUGAGAAAAUCUUAAAGAAAUUCUAUUUCUCACAGACAUUGUCUUCUCUAAAUUAAUAAAAUUUAUUUUAACAUAAACUGUAUUUUAAAAUCUAGAAACAACUUUAAGUACCAAAACAUAAUGCUCUAAGGCCACUUUCACAGCUUUUUUUGUUUGUUUGUUUGCUUGCUUGCUUUAAAUGCCAUACAAACAAAUUAAUGAACAUUUGACCAAAUAUCAAAUGCACCAAUGUUUGAGUCUUAUCCAGUUACACUAGUGUUUCUCCUCAGAAUCGUCUUGCCAGAACCAAAAUAAAAGGUACUAACAGAGAAGACAGAUUACUUACUGACUUUAUUGAAUUAUCUCCAUCUCCAAAGAGAAAAGUCAGAAGACAGCAUAAGCCUAUUUCCAGUCUGCUUUGGAGAUAAAACUUUCCAGAUUCAUUUAUAAGAAAUGCUAAAAAAAAAAAAGUUUUUGAGAUGUGCUAUUCUGAGUCUUCUAUAAUCUGCCAAGUGAUCUCAUAAACACAUAGAUCGUGUUGUGCAACUAGUGUUGGGUAUGAGUCUGAUUAGAUAAUAUUUUACAAUUUCCAACUUCCAGACCAUGUGAACAAGCCAUUUGUCUUUGAGAACUUGAGUGUUGUUUAAUAGAGCAAAACCAGAGGUGUGGAUUGAAUUUUCUAAGAAAAUUAUUAGGCAUAUAUACUGUGCCUGGAAGUUAAGGGGAGUACUUUCAUGAAAUAAUUCCUUAGAAAUAGACAUUUAGAAAAAAAUAAUUCUUUAUUUGUAGUUUCAGACCAAAGAAUAUUAAUGCAUCACUUGAUUUUUUUAUUUGUUAAAAAAAGCACA